GUGGGGAAAAUGGGAAUGACGGAUUCACUACUGUUGUAAAGAAAGGCAAAGCAAAUUUGGCAAAAUUCCAGAUGAACCCGCCCGCCCUUUGCCGCGUUUGCUGCGAACCGUGCCCCCAGCCGGCCGUUCCGUUCGUCGGCGACGACCACUCGCUGCCCUGUUCGCUGCCGGAGGCGAUCGCCGCCGUCGGAGACGUUCGCGUCGACACGGGUGAUGGGUUGCCGCAGCAGUGCUGCGUUCGCUGCGUGCAGCAGGUCACGUCGGCGUACGCGCUCAGGCGGCUGUGCCAGCAGUCGGACCGGAAGCUGCGGGAGAUGUUUCCGGUGGCGGAGGUGAAGCAGGAAAAGGAAGAGUAUGAAACCCUUUUCGAGGUGGUUGAGACACCAUGCGAGGACGCUGAGGAAAAGUUUCCUCUGCUGCAGCUGGUUAAGGAAGAGGUUGAUAUUGAUGAUCGCGGGGAUGGAUUCUUUGACGAAGAUAGCAACUCGAUGGAAUUUGAAGAAACUGCUGACGAUGUCACUGGUGAAGAUGUCUGCUAUGAGAAGGUCCCGGUGGAGGGAUUCCGCUGUUGUGGUUGCAAACAUGAUUUUGCAUCAAAGGAUGAGCUGCUUGCGCAUAGAGAUACGGUGCAUAUAAGCAGAAAACACACGAGCGAACAACUGGAAUACAGAGUGCAGUGUGAUAUUUGCUACAAAGUCGUCAGUCAUCCCCGUAUGCUUGUCGGGCAUCGACAAAGAGUAUGCUUUGAUUUUCGUUGCAAAACGUGCGGCGAAACGUACGUCAGCCGGAUACGGGUGAUAAACCAUUUCCGGAUUAACCAUGCACUGAACGUAGGAGGAGCAUGCAUCUGUUGUGGCUGUGAGCAGAGGUUCAACUCCAAGGAGGAGCUGGCGGCACACAGCGAAGCGGUUCAUCUACCAAAACGACCUCCCCCGGAUGCAAAUCGCACAGUCGAAUGUGACGUUUGCUACGCCAGUUACAAGCACGAACGAGGCUUACUCGUCCACAAGACGAGAUUAACCAAAGCAGGACAAAAGCACCAAUGUAAUGAAUGCGGGAAAUAUUUCCGAUACUCCCACGGAUAUAAAUUACACUUGAAAACUCACGUUAGAACCCGGUGCCAUCUGUGUCCAGUGGUGGAAUCUUCCAACAAGGCUCUCGUAGAGCAUCUCGCAGCGCACAUGACGCCCGACAAGCGCUACAAAUGCCUCCUGUGCGGCGAAAGCUACCAGUCACCCCAAGGCCUCCGUCACCACGGAUUGGACCACACCGGCGAACGUCCCCACACCUGUCCACAGUGUCCCGCCACCUUCACCAAGACAACGCAGCUGACGCGACACAUGAAGGCUCACCGCAAUCAGCGCGAUCACCAGUGCAAGCUGUGCAGCGCAAAGUUUGUCGAUCCGUCGAACCUGAACCAGCACGUGCGAUUCUACCACCGGAAGGAGAAGCCGAUGUUGUGCUUUUUCUGCGAUCACAGCUUUGCGAAGGGGUACGACCGGCGGCGCCACAUGGAGAACAAACACGCGACCGAACUGCAGGCCAAUCCGGAGCUGGAGGUGGAGAUGCGCGCCAGGAAGCGAGGUAGAGGCUGUAAGUUGGGAGUUUGAGGAUUUCGUGUUUGAAUAAAUUGUUUGUUUGAUUGA